AUGGCAUCGACAUCCCCCUUCAGACACGUUCGCUCUGUAUCAGGGCACCGAAUACCCCACGGUUGCAAAGGCUUCCUCCGCCGACCGUCACAGUUGUCCUCAUAUAUUUCACAAUGGGGCUCCUCAUCUGACUUCCCCGCCAUUCAGUGCCGACGCUCAACGGUUUCCUCGGCGACACAGCGCCCCAUCGUCGACUCUCCUUUGCUCCCAGAAUACGUCCCCCCUCAGAGCGGCUUGCUUUCGCAUCUUCCCAAGUCAGUCACCCCUUACGCGGAGUUGAUUCGGCUAGACAAGCCUGCCGGAACCUACUACCUUUUCUUCCCAUGUCUUUUCAGCACUCUCAUGGCGGCAAGCGUCGCUGUUCCCAUAGCUUCUCCUCUAUCCGUCCUAGGCACCUCUGCUCUUUUCCUCACGGGUGCCGUCGUCAUGCGGGGAGCAGGAUGUACCAUCAAUGAUCUCUGGGAUCGCAACUUGGACCCGCAGGUGGCGCGUACUCGACUGCGUCCUAUCGCCAGAAGAGCUAUUACUCCGGAAGCGGCCAUCGUCUUCACAGGUGCCCAGCUACUCACUGGCCUUGCUGUACUACUGCAGUUUCCGACUGAAGUAUUUUGGUAUGCCACACCAUCGCUUGCGUUUGUUGCGACGUACCCCUUGGCCAAGCGAGUCACCCACUACCCUCAAUUCGUUCUCGGUCUUACGUUCUCAUGGGGCGCGAUGUUGGGGUUUCCAGCUCUCAGUGUAGAUCUCCUUGCAAACCAGUCAGCUCUAAUCGCCGCGGCCUGUCUAUAUUCAAGUAACGUUGCCUGGACCGUCCUCUAUGACAUGAUAUACGCACACAUGGAUAUCAAAGACGACGCGAAAGCCGGUAUCAAAAGCAUUGCUCUCAGGCAUGAUAAGGAUACCAAGACCGUGUUGACCACGCUUGCAGCUGUUCAAGUCGGUCUCCUUGGAGCAGCGGGCACCGCGCUUGGUAUGGGACCUGUCUUCCUCGUAGGCUCGUGUGGCGGCGCUGUUGCCACUCUAGGAACCAUGAUUUGGAGAGUUAAGUUCAAAGACGUGACCAAUUGCUGGUGGUGGUUCGUGAAUGGUUGCUGGAUCACUGGUGGCGCUAUCUCUGCUGGACUCCUGGGCGAAUACUACACUCGACUCUCCGCUACUCUUAGCCCAGACGAGCCGGUAAAAACAUAAUCUGCGAGGACUCUAUCUCAAUAAUGUGGCUGAGAUUGUCUUAUUCUCAUAUUUGAACCUCAUCGAGAAGGCGUUUCAUGUACAUUUACGAGCUUGAGGCCAGGUGUUGUGCGCCCUGCGUUGUACUAUGUCAAAUAAAGUUCGCUUAUCCUUCAGGAACAUGCCCGUAGCCCCAGUUGUGGAGUACUCCUGGCGCUGGUAAUAUCAACGUCAUACCGACUUUGAUAUAUACUCAACACCUUACUGGAACACCAUGAUGUCGAGGACUACCAGGCCGAUCUUUGCACUUUUCAUAUCCCUGCUAUAAUCGCUGCAAUGAGUUCUUCGAAUAGAAAAGUCGUAUCAAGAAAAAUCUCAUAAUUCAUGCAACUAUAUCCUCAGAGUGUAGCCUUGAUAAAGCCUCCCCAAGAACCAUGUAUCUCCAG